AUGCUAACAUGCAGUCUCCAAUUGGCCCUGAUAUCAGAAUUUGCUGAUGAAUAUGUGGAUUAUAACGGAAUAAAACAAAAAAUCCAAUACGUGGCUUCCCUCCCACCAAAUGAGAAAGAGUAUAUGCUCCGGGCUUCAGAUGGUGUCUAUCCUAAGGGUUCCCCAGACGAGAUGUUGAUUGCAAAUUUAGAGAAAGUAGCCAAUUUUUUCUCCACAAACAUUUCUCAACUCAAUGCUUAUAUUUCUCGUCUCUCGAAAGAGGAUGAUUUGGAGAUUACUCACCAGCACAAUGGUUCUUCAAAUGAAAGUCAAGAGCGGAAUAAGCAGGUAAAGGAUUUAGAUUUACGAUUGCAAAAACUGUCUUCUUUUGCUGAAUGGAACAAGUUGGCAUUCGAAAAAUUAUCUACCAAAAUGGAUAAGCAUCUUGGUACUGAUCGCGAAACCACGUUUUACGAACGUAAAGUCGUCAAGCUUGAUUUUGCCAAUUCGGCAAAAAUUUACGAAACCCUACUCUCUUUGAAAACAUGGGACAAUUCUCAGAAAAAGAUAGAUACUCUAAAAAAGCUAGAGCAUAUAUCUUCAAAACAUCCCAUAAAGAAAGAUUUGCUAGCAUACAUUCAACAGGAUGACGUUAGAGAGAUUGCUGAAACUUGUAUCAACGCUCCGGAAGCCGUCUUGAUUGAUAUCCUUGCCGCUACUAUCGUGGCGGCUGCUAAAGCUUGCAUGAGGGAAGUCGUUGGAAGAAUGGGACUCCGAUCCGAAUGUCUCGCUUCUGCUUUACGUCGUGCAGUGAAUAACCUAGAUGGUUCCGACCAUGGAGUGUACUGCUUUUUAGACGUUGUCAAGGACAUAUGCUCCGUUGUAUACUUAGGAAAAGAUCAUCUUAAUACUCUCUUAACACGAAUUCUGGCUGUCGAACGGAAUAGCAAAGGUCAAACAGUCAUGCAUUCGGCUGCGGAAGCUGGCUUUGAUACGUUAUCUAAUGAAUUCUGUAAAAUUAUCUCGUCUAUCCCUUCAGCCGAACCUUUAAAUUGGAUGCGUCCAUAUUGGUUUGAUGUUAUGCAAGAUACCCCUUUGACCUUGGCUAUUAGAGGCAAUCAUGUAAAAGUGUUGCAUGCCCUUUUAUCUUGUCAGGAUAAAAGCACACCUUCGUCGAAACCCGGCCCAAUACCACCAUUGGUAUUGGUAUGCUUGGUAGGAGAUAACGCGGGAUUGAUUAAAGAACUCCUAGAUGCUGGUUUUAAUGUUAACGAACAUGAUGCAAAAGGAAGUACUGCCUUGCAUGCUGCUGUUCGAAAUCACCGUCUAAGCUGUGUUAAAAUGCUGAUCCAAUACGGUGCUGAUCAAAAUAUACGGGAGGCCCCCUUCUCAUGGACACCACUAAUGCUUGCUGGUGCUCUCGGAUUUUCAGAAAUUAUGAAGGUCCUUAUUGAAUUAGGCUCACCUGUUGAUGAAGUUGAUGCUUCUGGUUGGACAGCAAUGGAACAUGCCGUUGUCCGUGGAAAUAUGGAGGUUCUUGAUUUAUUGCAGACAUCCAUUACUUUGAGUGAUGGUCCUGUGAAUUUGGAUUCUUUAUCCAUAAAACCAUCGGGAGCAGAGGUGAGAAGCCGUAAACGCGCUAUGGAACUUCAGCCGUCUUCAUCAAUUGUGAUUUUGAGACUCAGUGGCUUAACCGGGCGUAUACGUGUCACUCUUGAAGGUGAAGAGACUCAAUACCUCUCCGGUAAGGCAUCAUCUAAUAUAGGUUCCUCCAAGUCUUCAACAGCUGAUUUACCUACCUCUAGUCUUGCGACUAAUAUACAAGCAAAUUCCUUAGACUCAUCGGCGUCAUCCCGUGAGAAAUCCACGAGCUCUAGCGUGGUUAUUGACGUACCCCGUUCACAUUUUGACAAUGUUGGUGAGGUUGAUCUGGAAGAUGUGGUUGAACCGGAUGAAACAGUUGACGACUCCAUCUAUAUGCAUUAUGAAGCUACCGAGGAGAUAAAUACCAAGUCUACUGUAGCAUCUCCUCCUUAUGAGUUAAUUUUCACCACGAACAACGUUGAAAAAACCACUGUUUGUAUCGACGCCUUAGGCCAUAGAUCUUUGAAGGUUAUUGGCAGAGCAUACGCUCAAUUAAGUGAUUUUAUUCCAAGUUUAGGAAAGGAUAUGCAGUCAUUAAGACCGCUUCCUUCCCUUACUUUGUUAUCCAGUAAAGGAUUAAAACCUAUAGCAAAAAUUCAUGUUGAUGCAUUAGUGUCUACUAUCCCGGAUAAAGAUGUUCUAAAAUUGGGCUCUGAACGCGUUCACGGAGCUAAUUCCCUAGAAUCGGUUUCAAAUAUUGAUAGAUCGGCAUUAGAGGAUGCCGACGAGUCACCUGCAGCUUCAAAAUCUCCUUCGGAAUCCGGAAAAUCAAGCAGCGUGGAAGUUAUAGGACAUCGUGGAUUAGGAAAAAACCAACCUGAUCGCUUGACUUUACAACUUGGUGAAAACACCGUUCAGUCUUUUAUCAAAGCUGCUGAUUUGGGUGCUUCCUACGUUGAGUUGGAUGUUCAACUUACGAAAGACAAAGUUCCUGUGGUUUACCAUGAUUUUUCUGUAAACGAAACCGGUACCGAUACUCAAGUUCAUUCUUUAACCUUGGAACAAUUUUUGUCAGUUUCACAUAGUCCAUCUGAUAAAAAAAUGGCAGAUGAAUUGCAAGAAUACAGUCUUAAACGUCGUCCUCGUGCGUAUAGUUCUUCAGUGACAAGAUCAUCAGAUACUCAUUUGAACUUAUUGAAUUUACUGAACUCUCAAGAAGAACAUUCGGCUACGAAACAUAAGGUUUAUAAAGGAAACGCCUUGGGACAUAGCAUUUGUGCACCAUUCAACACUUUGCGAGACAUCUUGGAAAAGGUUCCUCAAUCGGUAGGAUUAAAUGUUGAGUUUAAAUACCCAAUGCUGAGUGAAGCUGAGGAGGAGAAUCUUUUACCUGUUGCAUAUGAUUACAACGCAUUCGUAGAUACCAUUCUUUCCGUGAUACAAAAGCAUGGAGGUCAUCGACGUUACAUUUUCUCCAGCUUUAAUCCAGAUGUUUGUAUCUUGCUAUCCUUGAAAUGUUCUGUACCUGUUUUAUUCUUAACAGAAGGUGGUACUGCUUUUCGAACUGAUGCCAGAGCAGCCUCCCUUAAGAAUUCUAUGAGAUUUGCUGCUCAAUGGAAUUUGCUUGGUAUUGUAAGCGCUUGCGAGCCUUUGAUUAAAAGUCCACGCUUGAUUAAAGCCGUGAAGCAACUGAAACUGACUUGCUAUACAUAUGGUGUUUUAAACAAUGAUACAGACAACGUAAGACGCCAGGUCCGAUUUGGUGUGGAUGCCGUUAUUGUCGAUAAUGUUUUAGCAGUUAGAAAGGCACUUAACGAAGCUGAUAACUGA